UUGAAGAGAGGUCCUGUGCCCCUUUCCUGCUCCAUCUAAAGUGGCUUUGGGGAUGCCAGGAGUAAAGAAAAGAGGCAGGGGACUCAGUCCACCUUCUCCUCCCCAAGAGCAGCUUGGGAGAGGAGAGACAGGACAGAGAACCGAAGGGAGAGAGGAAGGAAGCAACCAGCACAGGAGGAGGGGUCAUGGUCAGUGCUGGUCAGAGCCGGAGAAGUCUGUGGAGCCAACAGAUCCGGAGCGGAGCAGCCCCCCCAUGCUGUCUGCGGACGAUGCGGAGUACCCACGGGAGUACCGGACCCUGGGGGGCGGGGGCGGCGCGGGCGGCGGGGGCCGGCGCUUCUCCAACGUGGGGCUGGUGCACACGUCGGAGCGCAGGCACACGGUGAUCGCCGCCCAGAGCCUGGAGGCGCUUAGCGGGCUCCAGAAGGCGGACGCCGACCGCAAGCGCGACGCCUUCAUGGACCACCUGAAGAACAAGUACCCCCAGCACGCCCUGGCCCUGCGGGGCCAGCAGGACAGGAUGCGUGAGCAGGUUGGCGGCUGGACCGUGGACCCCGUGUGCCUCCUCAGCUCCCUCUGCUCCCACCUGCAUGGCGACUCCGCCCCGUCCGGGGCUGGCCAGCCGGCCCAGCAGCCAAACUACUGGAGCUUCAAGACCCGCAGCUCGCGCCACACUCAGGGAGCCCAGCCCGGGCUGGCAGACCAGGCAGCCAAGCUGUCAUACGCCUCUGCUGAGUCGCUGGAGACCAUGUCGGAGGCGGAGCUGCCCCUGGGCUUCAGUAGGAUGAACCGCUUCCGACAGAGCCUGCCCCUCUCCCGCUCUGCCAGCCAGACCAAGCUGCGCUCGCCAGGGGUGCUGUUCCUGCAGUUCGGGGAGGAGACUCGGCGCGUGCACAUCACGCACGAGGUCAGCAGCCUGGACACGCUGCACGCGCUCAUUGCGCACAUGUUCCCGCAGAAGCUCACCAUGGGCAUGCUUAAGUCGCCCAACACCGCCAUCCUCAUCAAGGACGAGGCUCGCAACGUCUUCUACGAGCUGGAGGACGUCCGGGACAUCCAGGACCGAAGUAUUAUCAAGAUCUAUAGGAAGGAGCCACUUUACGCCGCUUUCCCUGGCUCACACCUUACCAACGGGGACCUCCGGAGAGAGAUGGUGUAUGCCUCGCGGGAGUCGUCGCCCACACGGCGUCUCAACAACCUGUCGCCGGCGCCGCACCUGGCGUCCAGCUCUCCGCCCCCGGGGCUGCCGUCGGGGCUGCCGUCGGGGCUGCCGUCAGGGCUGCAGUCGGGCUCGCCGUCGCGCUCGCGCCUCUCCUACGCCGGGGGGCGCCCGCCCUCCUACGCUGGCAGCCCGGUGCACCACGCGGCCGAGCGGCUGGGGGGCGCCCCAGCCGCCCAGGGCGUCAGCCCCAGCCCCAGCGCCAUCCUGGAGCGGCGCGACGUGAAGCCGGACGAGGACCUGGCAGGCAAGGCGGGCGGCAUGGUGCUGGUGAAGGGCGAGGGCCUGUACGCCGACCCCUACGGGUUGCUCCACGAGGGCCGCCUGAGCCUGGCCGCGGCAGCCGGCGACCCGUUCGCCUACCCGGGGGCCAGCGGCCUCUACAAGCGCGGCUCGGUGCGCUCGCUCAGCACCUAUUCGGCCGCCGCGCUGCAGUCCGACCUGGAGGACUCGCUCUACAAGGCGGCGGGCGGUGGCCCUCUCUACGGCGACGGCUACGGCUUCCGCCUGCCGCCCUCGUCGCCGCAGAAGCUGGCCGAUGUGGCGGCGCCCCCCGGAGGCCCCCAGCCUCCGCACAGCCCCUACUCGGGGCCGCCCAGCCGCGGCUCGCCGGUGCGCCAGUCUUUCCGCAAAGACUCGGGCUCCUCGUCGGUCUUCGCAGAGAGCCCCGGAGGCAAGACCCGCAGCACGGGGGGCUCCUCGACGGCCGGAGCUCCCCCUCCCGAGCUCUUCCCCGGGCCUGGGGAGCGCCCGCUCCUUGGGUUUGGGCCGCCGGUGCCAGCCAAGGACACGGAGACCAGGGAGCGCAUGGAGGCCAUGGAGAAGCAGAUUGCCAGCCUCACAGGCCUGGUACAGAGCGCCCUACUACGAGGCUCGGAGCCUGAGACCCCCAGCGAGAAGAUUGAAGGCUCCAAUGGAGCAGGCACCCCCUCAGCACCCUGUGGGUCAGGCAGCCGGAGCAGCGGCGCCACCCCAGUGUCCGGCCCUCCCCCGCCCUCGGCCGGCAGCACUCCUGCGGGGCAGCCCACGGCCCUCAGCCGUUUGCAGAUGCAGCUGCACCUGCGUGGCCUGCAGAACAGCACCAGCGACCUGCGCAGCCAACUUCAGCAAUUGCGAAAGCUCCAGCUUCAAAACCUGGAGUCGCUGCGCGCGCUGCUGAAAGGCACAGAGGCGGAGCUGAGCAUGCGCGUGUCGGAGGCGGCGCGGCGGCAGGAGGACCCGCUGCAGCGGCAGCGCACCCUGGUGGAGGAGGAGCGGCUGCGCUAUCUCAACGACGAGGAGCUCAUUACCCAGCAGCUCAAUGACCUGGAGAAGUCGGUGGAGAAGAUCCAGCGGGAUGUGUCACACAACCACCGCCUGGUGCCGGGGCCGGAGCUGGAGGAGAAGGCCCUGGUGCUGAAGCAGCUUGGGGAGACGCUGACCGAGCUCAAGGCUCACUUCCCAGGCCUGCAGAGCAAGAUGCGGGUAGUGCUGCGUGUGGAGGUGGAGGCCGUGAAGUUCCUGAAGGAGGAGCCACAGCGCCUGGACGGGCUGCUCAAACGCUGCCGUGGGGUCACAGACAUGCUGGCCCAGAUCCGAAGGCAAGUGGACGAGGGUGUGUGGCCACCCCCCAACAACCUCCUGAAUCAGUCCCCCAAGAAGGUGACGGCUGAGACAGACUUCAACAAGAGCUUGGACUUCGAAAUGCCACCCCCCAGCCCUCCACUGAACCUCCACGAGCUGAGCGGGCCGGCCGAGGGAGCCCCUCCUACUCCCAAGGGGGGCAACCCCACCAAAGGCCUGGAUGCUGCUGGCAAGAGAAGCGUGGACAAGGCUGUGUCUGUUGAGGCUGCCGAGAGAGACUGGGAGGAGAAGCGGGCAGCCCUGACCCAGUACAGCGCCAAGGACAUCAACCGGCUGCUGGAGGAGACACAGGCAGAGCUGCUGAAGGCCAUCCCUGACCUGGACUGUGCGAGCAAAGCCCACCCAGGCCUGGCCCCCACCCCUGACCACAAGCCCCCCAAGGUCCCCCACGGCCAGAAGGCAGCCCCGCGAACCGAGCCCAGUGGGAGGAGGGGCUCAGAUGAGCUGACAGUGCCUCGGUACCGCACGGAGAAGCCCUCCAAGUCGCCCCCGCCACCCCCGCCCCGCCGGAGCUUCCCCUCCUCCCACGGCCUCACCACCACGCGCACGGGAGAGGUGGUGGUCACCAGCAAGAAGGAUUCAGCCUUCAUCAAGAAGGCCGAGUCCGAGGAGCUGGAGGUGCAGAAGCCCCAAGUGAAGCUGCGCCGGACCGUGUCCGAGGUGGCCCGCCCAGCCUCCACACCGCCCAUCAUGGCCUCUGCCAUCAAAGAUGAGGACGAUGAGGACCGCAUCAUCGCCGAGCUAGAGAGUGGUGGUGGCAGCGUGCCACCCAUGAAGGUGGUGACUCCAGGGGCCUCUCGGCUGAAGGCGGUGCAGAGCCAGGCGGGAAGCCCCGACAAAAGCAAGCACGGCAAGCAGAGGGCGGAAUACAUGAGGAUCCAGGCCCAGCAGCAGGCCACUAAACCAUCUAAAGAGAUGAGCGGGUCAAAUGAGACCUCGAGCCCAGUCUCAGAAAAGCCCUCGGCUUCCAGAACCUCUAUCCCUGUAUUGACUUCCUUUGGGGCGAGGAAUUCUUCCAUCUCCUUCUAGAAGCCCCUUCCCACCUCCAUUUCAGCCUGUUCCCCCUCCUGACCCCUGCCAUUUCUCUCCCUGCUCUUCUUCCCUUCAUCUCUACCCCACCCCCACCCUAGUCUCUGGCUUGCCACAGGUGUGGCCCUCCUCAGCUCUCUACACCCAUCCCCUGUUGGUGUUUUUGGUUUUUUAAAUUGAUUCACUUUUAAUUAUCUUUUUUUUUUAAAGCAGAACAGUAAAACUAAAAACCAAAACACCACCUUCCCUUGAUUUCCUGUUCCAAAAUGGCCCACCUCCUGUCAUCCUCCCUCCCUUUUCUCUUUACCCACGCUUCCUCCCACGUCCAUCCUAAAGCCCCUGGACCCUACGCUCCCUUCCUGAGAGCACUCCAAACAAACUCUGAGCCACGGAGACUUGGAGCGGCGAGACACCCCUCUCCCCGUCCUCGGAAACCUUCCUGGAGGAAACUCUGGACGUUGGAACAACCCCACUAUCAGGCUGGCAGGGAGACUCUGGCCCUGGAGGUGCCCCAGCUGCCCAACUUCGCUGUGCCCGAACUCUGCUGCUCCACUCCCUUCCGCUCAUGCUCCUGUGGGCCUGGAGUCAAGAUGGAUGGGCUGGGCAGGGAGGCAGGGUUGGGGGCGCCUGGGGGCGGG